AUGAUAGCCGCCCAGCUCCUGGCGUAUUAUUUUACAGAAUUAAAGGAUGAUCAGGUCAAAAAGAUUGACAAGUAUCUUUAUGCCAUGCGGCUUUCAGAUGAAACCUUACUGGACGUCAUGGAUCGCUUUAGCAAAGAGAUGAAGAACGGCCUUUCCAGGGAUUUUAAUCCAACAGCCACAGUCAAGAUGCUGCCGACUUUCGUACGAUCAAUUCCUGAUGGGUCCGAAAAGGGAGAUUUCAUUGCCCUGGACAUCGGUGGAUCUUGCUUUAGAAUUCUGCGGGUGAAGGUGUCGCAUGAGAAAAAGCAGACUGUGCAGAUGGAGACGGAGAUUUAUGAUACCCCCGAGGACAUCAUGCAUGGCAGUGGGUCUCAGCUUUUUGAUCAUGUUGCUGAGUGCCUGGGAGACUUCAUGGAGAAAAAGCAAAUCAAGGACAAGAAACUCCCUGUUGGAUUUACAUUUUCUUUCCCAUGCAGACAAUCACGAAUAGACGAGGGUGUGCUGAUCACCUGGACGAAGCGCUUCAAAGCCAGUGGAGUGGAAGGAGCCGAUGUGGUAAAGCUGCUGAACAAGGCCAUCAAGAAACGUGGGGACUAUGACGCAGAUAUUGUGGCCGUGGUGAACGACACAGUAGGAACCAUGAUGACCUGUGGUUUUGAUGACCAGCGCUGUGAAGUCGGCCUGAUAAUUGGUACCGGCACCAAUGCCUGCUACAUGGAAGAGCUGAGACACAUUGACUCGGUGGAAGGAGAUGAAGGAAGAAUGUGCAUCAACACGGAGUGGGGGGCCUUUGGAGACGAUGGGUCCUUGGAAGACAUCAGGACCGAAUUUGACAGGGAGAUCGACCGGGGAUCCCUCAACCCCGGAAAACAGCUGUUUGAGAAGAUGGUCAGCGGCAUGUACAUGGGGGAACUGGUCAGGUUGAUUCUCGUGAAGAUGGCCAAGGAGGGGCUCCUCUUCGAGGGGAGGAUAACUCCAGAGCUGUUAACCAAAGGGAAAUUUGAGACAAAGCACGUGUCUGCCAUAGAAAAGAGCAAAGAGGGACUCAAUAAAGCCAAAGAGGUCCUCACCCGGCUCGGGGUAGAACCAUCCCACGAAGACUGCAUCGCCGUCCAGCACGUGUGCGCCAUCGUUUCGUUCCGGUCGGCCAAUCUGGUAGCCACCACCCUGGGGGCCAUCCUCACCCGCCUGCGGGAUAACAAAGGCGUCGCCAGGCUGCGGACCACAGUCGGUGUAGACGGCUCCCUUUACAAGAUGCAUCCGCAAUAUUCUCGGCGUUUCCAUAAGACCCUCAGGCGCCUGGUCCCCGAGUCCGACGUGCGCUUCAUCCUCUCGGAGAGCGGCAGUGGGAAGGGAGCUGCCAUGGUGACGGCCGUGGCCUACCGGCUCGCCGAGCAGCACCGGCUCAUCGAAGAGACGCUGGCCGAGUUCAAACUCACCCACGAGCAGCUGCUGCAGGUGAAGAGGAGGAUGAGGGUGGAGAUCGAGGCCGGACUGCAGAAGAAGAGCCACGAGUCAGCCAAAGUCAAGAUGCUGCCCACGUUUGUCCGCAGCACCCCCGACGGGACCGAAAACGGGGAUUUCUUGGCCCUCGACCUGGGAGGAACAAACUUCCGAGUCUUGCUGGUGAAGAUCCGCAGUGGGAAACGGAGGACAGUUGAAAUGCACAACAAAAUCUAUGCCAUUCCCAUUGAAGUCAUGCAGGGCACCGGAGAGGAGCUGUUUGAUCACAUUGUCCACUGCAUCUCCGAUUUCCUGGAUUACAUGGGGAUAAAGGGGGCUCGGCUGCCCCUGGGAUUUACCUUUUCCUUUCCCUGCAAGCAGACAAGUCUAGAUGCGGGUAUCCUACUUAAUUGGACAAAAGGCUUUAAGGCAACAGAUUGUGAAGGACAGGAUGUGGCCAAUCUGUUGAGAGAAGGAAUUAAAAGAAGAGAGGAAUUUGACCUGGAUGUUGUGGCUGUGGUGAAUGACACCGUGGGCACCAUGAUGACCUGUGCGUAUGAAGAGCCAACCUGUGAAGUCGGACUCAUUGUGGGAACCGGCAGCAAUGCUUGCUACAUGGAAGAGAUGAAAAACAUAGAGAUGGUCGAGGGCAGUGAAGGCCGGAUGUGCGUCAACAUGGAGUGGGGAGCCUUUGGGGACAAUGGAUGCCUGGAUGACAUCAGGACGAUUUAUGACAAAGCCGUGGACGAACUCUCGUUAAAUGCUGGAAAACAAAGGUAUGAGAAAAUGAUCAGUGGAAUGUACCUAGGAGAAAUCGUCCGCAACAUUUUGAUCGACUUCACCAAAAGGGGAUUUCUCUUCAGAGGCCAGAUCUCUGAGACGCUGAAGACCCGGGGCAUAUUUGAAACGAAGUUCCUUUCCCAGAUUGAGAGCGAUAGGUUAGCUUUGCUUCAAGUCCGGGCGAUCCUGCAGCAGCUGGGGCUGAACGGCACCUGCGACGACAGUAUUUUGGUGAAGACGGUCUGCGGCACCGUGUCCAGGAGAGCAGCCCAGAUGUGUGGAGCCGGGAUGGCCGCGGUGGUAGAUAAGAUCCGGGAAAACAGAGGACUUGACCAUCUGGAGGUGACGGUCGGGGUGGACGGAACACUCUACAAGCUCCAUCCGCACUUCUCCAGGAUCAUGCACCAGACAGUGAAGGAUCUGGCUCCCAAGUGUAACGUGACAUUCCUCCUCUCGGAAGACGGCAGCGGGAAAGGGGCGGCGCUCAUCACAGCCGUGGGCGUGAGGCUGCGGGACGGCGGUCAGAGCUAAGACCCCCCCCCCAGCCGGGACGUCGACUCCUGCUGCCCUCAGAGCACUUUUCUUGUAAAGCGGGCCCUUCGGGCGAUCCGAACUGGUAGCACGCCAGAGUUUGCUGCUUUAUGGAAAAAUUAUACAACUAAUGGCGUAUAAAAUAGGAUACAAAAUAGAGUGUGCGUGUUGUUGAUACUCUCUCUCACCCCUGGGUCCCCCUCCCCUGCAGUCUGCAUGUUUUUUUUUCUUUCCAACCGGUUGUACAUUCCCCACGUGUAAGUUAACCAAGUCGGUUUCCCAUCGGUACCGCCAUCAAAGGAAUUUAUUUAUUGAUUUGAGAGGGCAUUUCCCAACCCUCCGAAGCUUCUUUUUUUUCCCUCAGACCUAGUUGAUCAUCCGUACCAGUGCUCUGUGUGAAACGUAUGACCACUUGCAGAUAAAUCCUGUCGCUCACCUCCCAGAGGCCGGAUGAGAAAUCAGGGUGGUUCCAGGGCAAGCAAGAAGCCACUGAACGACUCCGUUGGAAUUGUCUCCUGUGUGACGGUCUCUCACCUUAUUUUGUUUUGGGGACAGGGCCACUUUGCGAGUAGAUUUAUCACCGUUACCCAACGCCCGCUCCCCAGAUAUGUUGUUGCUGGAGUUUCUCCCCCAUCCCUUUCGUCUCCUGUGCUGUGUGUACCGUUUCCUUAAGGGGAUAAAUGCUGCAAAAGUUCUGGUGUGGGCCGGACGCCGGGGCAAAAAGAGGAGAUCUGGGGAUUCCGGUGGCCUUCUUUGUCGAUUUGGGUUGCACUCCUCAGAACCCAAGGCUUGGUGUGGUGUUGUGUUUUCCGUGUCGCCUUCUGUGUCUUCAGGACCUCCUCUCCCGGGUUCCGUCCUUUAUUACUUCAACGCCCUGCCGGCCCCUCCCUCCGUGGCCAGUCUCCACUGGAGCCGCGCCGACCCUCGGAGGGUGUUGUCUUACCAACCCAAGAACCUCAAGGAGAACCUGAACCCCGAAAUCACUCAGAUCCCAGUCCCUCCUCCUGCUUGAGGUAGGGGCUGGCUUGAACGGGAUCGGAUUUCCGCCCAGUCGGAACCCCGCCCGUCCUAUUCUGGAAUUCCACCCGUCCCAGCGGCCCGAAAGGGAAAAUUAGAUUCUCUCCCGCCGACCUGCCCCGGCUUAUUAACCGAACCACGAUUUAACCAGCCUAGGGGCAGUCGGUUUAGUGGCCUGGAAGAGAAUGGGGCGUGCCUCCAUUUCCCUUCCUACUCCUGAUGGCUAACGGCCCCCUCCCGCCCCGUCCCCUCGAUCCGUGGUGACGGAUCCCGUCUCAGUCUGCAUUCGGGCGCGCUGUGAUUGAGUGUCGUGAGGUGCCGUGUGAGUCUCCUAAACCGUAGCUGCAGCUUUUAAGUGUCUGCCCGCGGGGUUGCAUGCCCACUCGGUUCCGCGGAGGUGGAAAGUCCUUUUUAUUUGGUGCCCUGGCAGCGGCGGUGCUGGCGGCGUGAGUGGUAUUUGUGGAAAAGACAAACCAACCAACAUUAAACUUUUUGAUGUGC